AUGGCCUUUGAGAUAGAGAUUGACCUUUACGAGUAUUUUGGGAUCUCCUUUGAGAGUUCCGCGAAAGAGAUUAAAAGAGCCUACAAGAUUAAAGCAAAAGAAUUACAUCCUGACAAAAACAAGGGCGACCCACAAGCAAAGGAGAAGUUCCAGAAACUUAAGGAUUAUCACGACAUUCUCUUGGACCCAGCUCGCAAGAGUCAGUAUGAUCUGAGAAUCAAAGCCAAAAUCGCCGCUGCGAAAAGACAUGCACAACUCGAUGAUGAGCGUCGUCGCCUAAAAGAAGUUCUUGAGGCAAGGGAGAAGGAGGCUGCUGCUCGGCGUGAAGAGGCCAACAGAAUGGCUGAAAAGAACAGGAUUGCCGAACGAAUCAGAAAGGAUUGGGAGGCCUCACGGGAGGCCGCUGCUUGUGCCGCACGGCGUGGGCAUUUGGACACCGUUAAAGCUGCUUCUAGAACAUCAGAUGGUCAUGUUAUCGUCAGUGUGAAGUGGAAGAAUAAACAUGGGUCUCUUUUGUACAAUAGGGAAUUUUUGUACACAUGUCUGCGUGAGUUUGGAACUGUGCUAAAUGUGAUAGUUGGGAAGAAAUGCAGCGCAGUGGUAGAAUUUGCUUCCAGGUUGGAGGCCGAGAAUGCCAUAAAAGCAGCGUCUGUAGGAUCGGUAGGACAUAUGGAAAAUCCGCUGAAGGUUUCAUGGCCUGUUAGUCCUGCUCCUCAUGAUGAGUCAGGAGCUGAUCCUGCCCCUGCCUCGACAAAGCAUCCAAGGCCUCCAUCACCUACGACUUAUCAGCCAUCAGAUAAUAUGUCCUUUGAAACCUUCGAGUCUGACAUCCUGGAAAAGAUGGCACGCUUCGGUUGA